AUGGAAUCCAGAGAUUCAGGCGCAAGCCUAGUCAUCCCACGAAUCAUCCUUCGAAACGCUCAAGAUAUUUCAAAGAUACACACUGGUAAAAGGACCGGUAUAGAUUUUAUGUUUGAUGUUCCGCAUUUCAUUGAUUCACUCAAACUCUCUUGUCCGCAAUUGGUGCUUUUUCGAUAUGUUGAUGAUGUUCCUAAUCGAGCGAAGGGAAGUGGUCCGAUUACUUUGUUACCUGAAAGUUUAGUUUCUGAAGUAAUCCCAAAAACAGGACUCGAGCACCCAGAGACUUGGAGGGGAUUAUCGCAGGAUUGGCUGGAGGUGCUCUUCAAUUCCAUGGUGAAAGCGACCAUGGAAACACCAGUUUUGAUUGAGCUUGGGAGAUCUUAUCUGCAGUAUCCGAUAUAUUCUGAUGAUGAGGACUUCGCUCUUUCUUUCGGUAGCAUUUUGAAAUUCAGACAAGAUGUGAGAGUUCUAGCCACCACAGUUCUGCAGAAUCUGUUGUCUACAUACAACAUAUCUCGGAACAUCUCUCAUCCAAUUCUUCCUGAUGCAUUUUUCGGUGUACAUCUAAGAACAGAGAUAGAUGCCGUGAAAGCCUGGCCCAGCAAAGAUUGGAUCUACCAACGUUACGAAGUACAAUCAAAACACUACUUGCAUAGAAUAGCCUCUACAAAUCUCACCUUAAUCUAUGUAGCAUCAGGAAACAAGACCGAAAUUGCCAGAUUGUCACGUGAUGCCGCUGCAUACGAUCUCACUACCAAGUUCAUGUUGCUUGAUGCAAAGGAUAGGGAGUAUUUGAACACAUUAGCAUGGGAUCAACAGGCAUUGGUAGAUUUUCUUGUUAUGACGAAAAGUUCGAUUUUCGUUGGGAUAGGUCAUUCGAGUUUUACCUGGAAUGUCGCGUUGAAGAGACAUGUGUAUUCGCAGAUGAAGGAGGGAUAUUUAGAUGGACCGGAGAUAUUGAGUGAUGAGUUGAGUGAGGUGUAUGGGGUGACGGGCAUGUAUCAGUAA